UUUCGCGCCGAACGCAAGCCAAUGUGGGAAAAAAAGUUUUAUUUGCGGCAUUCCUCAACUUACGUUCGUGUUGUUUUUUCCUGCUCUAAUAAACAUUUCUCGUCUAAUUAAAUUUAUAACAAACAAUUUUAUCAAGAGAUUUUAAGAAAAAACAAUUAUUGUGUGGUGAAUUUGAUUAAAAGAUCAAAUACAACGAUUGCUUAGAAGUGAGACGCCUGAAGUGUGCAAACGCGUAAGCCUCCUAGGCUUUUAGUCUUUUGCGUUCCUUUUUGAAAAGUGUUUUUUUUUCAGUUACAUACAUAAAUUGAUAUAAAUAAAAUGGGUUACAUAAAAAAUGUGACAAAUUUACAAUAAUUAUAUCAGAAUCCUGAUUAUUUUGUGUGCAAUAUCAAAAAAUUUAUCACGAAUAAUUGGGAAUGUGAUGAUCAGCAAAAUUUCUAUAUAAAGAAAAAUGGCUUAUACAAUAUCAGAAUUAAUAAAAAUCCUUCACGGAAACAAAACUUUUGAGGAAAAAUGUUCUGCAUUGAAACAACUUGGCAGUUAUUUUACAAAAGACAAAUUAUCGGAAAGUAUAACGGAUGAUGAUUUCAUUACAUUAUACAAAAUAUUAAUUACUUGUGACGAUACAAUACAGCAGGAAGCAUGUUGUACACUCGGCAUCAUUAUUUCAGACCAAAAGUUAACAAAACCAAAUUUUAUACAAUCUGUUCUGCAGAUUACUUCAAGAGAAAGCAGGAUUAGAUUACUUUCAAUUUUGGAUAAAUUGGAUGACAAAGCGAUGACGAUACUUGUCAACGAUGCGCAAGUAAUUAAUUUAAUUAAUGAUUGCUUAAAAUUCGUUCAAGUUGAAACGAUGACUUGGCUUUCACCUGCUGCCAAUGGCGAUAAUUUGGAAAAAUUAAUAGAAAGUGAAAACAAACCGCUCAGUGAAGAUGAAGAAUUGGAAUCAAAAAUUAUUUCCAUGUCAUUUGAUUUUUUAUCGAAUAUUUAUAAAAAUGUUCAAGUUAUUUCUCAAAAGCAAAUUCAGAUGUACGAUUCAAUUAUUAUGGAAAAGAUUGUAAAUAUGGCUUACAUGGGUCUAAAACAUCAAAGACUAUCAGCAUCAAAAGUAUUUUACCAAGCAAUUGAAUCUGAUUUAGGGUUCAGAGUACGUCAAGUAUUGCCAAACAGUUGGAUUAAUUAUAAAAAAUCAUUGCAAGAUAUAUACUGGAAUCGAAUGUGUCUACUCGUUUCAGCUUGUUAUCUCGAUUGGGCAACAUUGUGGAAUUAUAGUAUUCAAUUUUUAGGAAAAGAUCUUCAUCGAGGAGCGGGCUUGAUUAAUAAUUUGUUGAGUGUUGAAGAAAAAGCCUUUAAAUCAUCUGAUACUAAUAUUAGAAAACAAGCUUUUUAUUCAUGGAAAUUAUUGGUGGACAAUUUUGCACUUGAUCCACAAGAACUUGCGAGUGCAAGACGUAUUAAAUUGCUUUGUAUACCGCUUAUUGCUAAGAAUAGCAAAACAGAAUUGAUAGCAUUCGCAAAAUUUGAAGUCUGGUGGCAUUUAAUUGUGAAAAUUUAUAACGAUCUUCCAAAAGUCAUAAAUGCUGUAUUGAUUCCAUUUUUAAAUUUUUGUUUUGGACCACUUGGCGAUACGCCACUUUUAUCAUCUAAAUUGGAUAUUUGCGCAUCACCUGGCAAAAGAUUUCAUAAAACAAAAUUAGCAUCUCUUGAUGCUUUAUUACAAUUUUUAUUAGGCACAGAAUCAUCAGUAAAUGGUGUAUUCGCAUCUGUUUUAGAAGAACGAAUUCCUCAUGCAGUGACAACACAAGUUUUUCAAGAUAGUUACAAAACAUUUACACAUAGUGUUUUUGAAGCUUUUCUUAUAAUUGGUCAAUUUGAAGAAACUGAAAUAUCGAAUAGAUAUUUAGUCAGCACAACGUUAUGGAAAAAUUUAAUUACCAAGCUCGAUGAAUGUGAAUCCAAGGAUGGAAUUUACAAAGAUUUAUUAAUGGUCAUUACUGAAAUGACACAUCAUAUUUCGAAUAAUUUGUUAAUGGAAAAUCUUUUGUAUGAUGUGAUUUUGAUCAAUAUUGCUGAAAUGACAGAAAAAUUUGUUUUUUCUGAUGAUACUUUGUCAAAUUUAAUAAUUGCCCUAUUGAAGGAAAUGAAUUUGAAUGAUCAUAAAAAAGAUGUUUGUGAAGCGAUAAGGAAGCUUCUUUUGCAUUUUAUAAGUGAUAAUAACAUUGUUCAUGUUCAACAAAAUAAACUAAAAUUACUUAAUUCUGUAUUGGAGAAAUCAUUAAGUGCAAAACCUGAAACAAGUAAUGUAAAUAUGUUGGUUGAUAUGUGGUGUGUCCUGGUGGAAGGCCUUUCUAAAUGGCUUGAAAGUUGUCAUACAUUAAAUGAUGGAGACACAACUGGGAAUAAUUUUUCUGCAAUAUAUGCCAUUUUAAUGUACCCUUUUUCUCAUCUAUUUGUAAAUGAUAUGAAACAGGUACAAAAAAUUACUUCGCAUUGGUGGGAUGCCUAUAAGCAAUUUGAUUUACAAGUUGAUUUGGAGACAUCAAUAAAAUCUAAUGAAGUGAUAAUGACAACAGCAGAUAAACUUCGAAAUUGUCUGAAAAAAGAAAAAGGCUGUCUUCUUCUUUACGCUGCUUGUUUAAAUUCUCUAAUUACUAACAUCAACUAUGAGUCUUUGCUUGGUAUUGAACAAGUUCCAACAAUCGUUCAUCUAAUAAAUGAUCUUGUACUACGUGUAUUCAAAGAAUCUGAUUAUAAUGCAGCUGAAAUGAUUUUAAGAUCAUUGUCCGCGUUCAUGAUAACAGUUUAUGGUCAAGAUCGAAAAAAAUCAAUUCAAUAUUUACAAGUUAUUCGACCUUCUAUUGAAUUUAUUUUAGCUCAAAAAGGUGAUGAGAAUUUAAUGAAAGAAAUUGCAAGCACUUGGGAUACAGUUGUUACAAUUUUUAAAGGAUUAAGCAAUAAUCUUAGUUACGAUUUACUUUCAUCAUUUCAAAAAAGUAUUGUUCUUGCUUUAUGUCAUACAUGUCAGGAGAUUAUUUCCCAGGCUUUAGUGAUUUUAACUCUCGCUGAUAAUGUCGAUGAAAAAUCAAAAAAAUUAUUAGGAGAAUUGGGAAAUUUAACGAAAGCAUCGAUUAACAUUGAUACAAAAGUAGAGAACAAAUCAAAACCCACAAAAAUAGCUGGUAGCUUUUUAAACAGAAAAUCAGUGGAUAAUUUUGUCAGUCCAUCUACUUUUAAAGUUAAUGAUACAUCUUUAAAGAAAAGUAUCAACGUUUCAUUGGAUCUUGAUUCUCAGGAUUACGUUGUAAUUAAGUCUGAUGUUAAAUUCGAUGUUAAUCGUCUAACGGACCAUCAAAAGGAAAUUUUAAAAAAGAGACGCGACGACAUUCCUGCAUUAUAUAACGAUCUUUCACAAUCAGGUUCACAAGAUUCACAGGAAUUACAAAAAUGGUUUGAAAAGAAACAAUUGAAGACAAUUUCAAGCAAGGAGUUGUGUGAUUCAAAUAAAGAAAAUAAAGAAACUUUAUUGAAGGAGCCAGUUGAAGUGGAGCAAGUUAAUUCCGAAUCAGUUGGACAACUUGAAUCAAAAGAAGAAAUCGAAGCCAAACAAGUGGAUAUUUCCUCUGCAGAUGAUUUUGAAAAUCAACAAGAUUGUCCAGAAAAUAAAAAAAUUGAAAUUCAAACAUCCUCAUCAAAUCGAACGGACAGUAAAAAGAGUGAACAAUUUUUGCCACAACCAAGAACGAAAAAAAAAUUAAAAUCUGUCACUUCAAAUUUAGAAAUUGGCAAAAAAGGCAAACGAAAAGCUGAUGAAGAAGUUACUGGAAAUCCAAAACGAAAGAAAUUACAUUCGUCUGAAUCGUCUGAUAAUGAAAGUAUUAAAUCGUCUGAAAAUGAAGAGGUACUCAAUAAACGAGUUAAAUCUGAAAUUUCUCGCUUACAAAUUGAUAUGGUACGUUCAGUUUUUGAACCUUUACCAAAUAGACGUCGUUCUAAAUUGGCUGAUUGCACUUGCAAGGAUCUUAGUUGCAAAAAAAAUCAUUCACCAGGAAGAUUGAGAUCGGAAAUGAAACCAGAUUCUGCGAAGAAAGCAUCAUCAUCAUCAUCAUCAUCAUCAUUGAACAAAUCAACAGAUUCAGUUAAAAGACGUUCGAGAAAAAAUCCAAAGGUAGAGAGCGCUGAAGACGAAAAGCAAAAAUUAAUUGGAAAAGUUAAAUUGGAUACCACAAAUUCUCAAAUUUUAGAUGAUAAAUUAACAACUAAGAAAGAAGACAGUCCAGUAGUUGAAUCAAGUGUCAUUGAAAAUUCACAAGAUAUGGAAGUUGAUAUUGUUGAAGGUACUCAAGAUAUUAUUUCUAAACCAAAAUUAUCAAAUCGUGUUAGUGAUAAAGAAUUGCUUAUUAAAUUAAGUAAAAUGAAUUCGUCACAAAAAACAAAUGAUCAAGGAAAACAAAUAGACGAAGAUGAAAAUUGUAUGCAAAUUGUUGAAAAUCAAAUAAUUUCUGACGAGAAAAAACCUAUUGCUUCAUGUUCUACAUUAUCUUCAUCAUCUGUAAAAUAUACAACAGUUCAUAUAUCAUCACCAAAAGGUAUUGUCAAGAAAACAAAAUUAAAAGCCUAUCCUCUUCAAGGACGUGCCGCUCAAAUGUUGGGCUUAGUUACAAAACAAGGUUUAAUGGAAAAGGACUCAAAGAUUGAUGACGAAGUAAAAAAAUCAUUACAAAAGGCAAAAAAUCAUGAAUCUGAAAAUAUCGUGAAAAAAGGAAAAGAAUCGGAAAAAUUAGGAAAUCAACUUGGAAGUCGUCAGGUGAAAAUAUUUAGUAAUAUGAAAGUUGAUUAUUGUUCAUCACCACCUGGAAAAUUAUUUGGUGGCUUAAAGAACGACGGUGAGAAAAUUUCACCAAAAAUGAAAAAUGCUAUUGAUUCGGAGAAACUUGCCGAGAAACUUGUUGUUACAAAUGAAAAGGAAAUUGAACUCUCACCAAUAAAAGAUAAGGAUCUUCCAAUUCUCGAAUGGUCGAGUGCAAAUCCUCCCUCGCUAACAGCAUCUCCAAGUGCUGGAAUUUUAAAAAGACAAUCAUUAAUUGAUAUCCUUACCGGUGAUGAGACAACACCAAAUAAAAGAAAGCGUGUGAGUUUUGCCGAUCCACCAGUUUCUCAAAAAAUGGGUUACGAAGUUGCCACCGGAGAAUCACCUCAUAAAAUAAGUAGACCAUCACGUCAUUCAACACGACGAGAUACACCGCUGAAAUCAAGACAAAAUAGAAUAAGAAUGUUUCAAAUUGACGUUGUUGAUGCAGGUGAAAAAAUUGAAAUUCCAAUUGAAACAUCUACGAAUGGAAUUCAAGUUAUUGGAGGAGGAAAAUCAGAAGAAUUGCUAACUGAAAAUUUGGAAUUUGCCGAAGAGGCCACAGUAAAAAUCGACGGUGAUGAGAAUGAAAACGAGAAUAUUAAAGUCGAUUGUCCUGAAAGUAGUACACCGGUUAGAGUUUUAAAUAUUACAAAUUCAAAACAAGAAAUGAAAAUUCAUGAUUCAAUGCACGAGAAAAGAGAUCAUAUUGAAUCGUCAAGUCUCGUUGAGGAAAUAUUUGGAACACAGGAAGAUAUGUUUGCAGGUAACGAUACAAGUGAUGAAAGUUUAAAAAUGUCAAAUCAAUCCAUGUCCAAUAAGAAUAAAGCCGAUAUUUCCUAUCAAAUGAUGACACCUGAUUCUGUCAAGUUGAAUGACUCAUUAUCAGAAACAGCAAAUUUAACGAAAAAUGAAUCUUUAGAAAAUACAGUCGAUGUUCAAAAUGUUUCUAGUUUUGAAUCAACGGAUGACGGUGGUUUUUGUGAAAAACCAAUAAGAUGCAGUACAAGAACAAUUGCCGAUGCAGAACAGGAUACCCUACCAGUUACUGAUUCUGUUUUCGAAAGUAUUAGUCAAGAGACACAAAAUUCUGUCGCAAGUAUUAUUAAUCUUCCAAAACCUGAAGCAUUCGAUUCAACAUAUCCAAUUUUCCCCACACUUUCUGAUUGUAAAGAUUCUAUUAAAUUGAUUGUCGAUAGUCUCGCUAAUCCAAUGUGGGUGAAUCAUUUGGAAGCAUUUUUAGCGAGUCGAGAAAUUCAUACAGUUGGUGAUUUAGCCAAAUUAUCAGAGAGAGAAAUUAAUAGGAUACCUGUUAAAGGUAAUCCCAAGGUGUCGUUUGUUAAGAAGGUUUUAAGUAAAUUUGAAAAUGACAAAAUAACAGUUGAUCAUCACUUGGAAAAAACGUCUUCAGUAAAAACAGAAGAAUCGUUGAUAAUUUCUCCAUUAUUAUCAAAUAUUAACACCUGUAAAACCCAAGAUGGAUCAUCAUCGUCAUCAAUGAAUCAAUUGCCAAAAACCGCAUCCAAAUCAGUUGCCAUUCAAAUGGAAUUGGGAGAUCUUUUAGAUGAAAUUGACGUUAAUCUUGUACUUGAAAGUGCAGCAAGAAGAUGUUCUCCCGAAAGUCUUCUCGCUCAAUUUAAGUUGAAAAUGCGUAAUAUGCCUGAAACUGAACUAGAAUCAGAAACUUUAAGAUUACUUGGUAUCAAUUCAAAACCAAGUCAAAGUGAAAUGACAUUAAGAUCUGCUUGCAAAGCGUGUGGUAUAAAUAAAGUUCUUUUGAAGCUUCCAGAUAUAUUUAGCGGUGACAAGCAAUUUUUUGUCAAAGUUCUUAGUGCCUAUAAGAAAAAAUUUCAAAUCAGCGAUUGCCUCAGUGCAUUCGAUUUAAAUGAAUUGAAAGAUGCUCUCUGUCAAAAAUGUAAAUCAUCAGAACUCGCUGAAAUGCUAUCAAAAUGUUUGAAAGAAGAAGAAGAAAAGGGAAUCAGUGAAUCAAUGGGUGAUCUUUCGGAUUUUACACGAAUUUUAAAACGUGUUCCAGCUGAUGUUUUAAUAAGUCACACGGUAGCAAAUGAUGAAUUAAUUCCCUCGCAUAUUGUUCUUGAUAUUGCCCUUCAAAAUAGUACAGAUGAUGCUAUUGCACAAACACUGAAAGCACAAUCGGAAGUAAAAAAAGAGAGUGUCUUCCAUAAAAUUUGGACUUUAUCUUCGGCACUCAGUCACGUGGAAAAAGAAGCAUCGGAAACGGAAGUAUUAGAAAUAAUACGAGCUAUUGGACAACGUUUAAGGCCAGAAAAGCUUCUCGAAGCUUUUAGAGAUUCAAUGAAAGAUGAUAAUGAUUCAAGUGAAAAAGUUCUUUUAGGACUUUUCAAAGUUAUCAGCACAAAAUUAAAACCAGAUAAACUAUUGGACAUUUUCUAUGAAUGCAUGAAGAACAAAAUUCCAUUAACUGAUAGUUAAUUUUCGAUUUGUAUGGUAUAAAAAAACUCAUCAAGAAUUAACAAAUCCCAAGAGAAUAGAGCAGGAAAAAUUGUAAAAUUAUCUUGUCAUCAUUUUAUAAAAUGCCAGAGAAAUGUUUUGACUUUAUAGACCAAAAUUAAGAAAGGUUAUUUUUU